AUGUCACUUGAAGCAUUAGACUAUCAAACUUUAUUCGAAAAGAUUGAAAACGGAGAGUUGGAAGAGCUUGCGGCUGUUUAUCAUCAAUUGGGAUGUCUGUCUACUAAUUUAAGUCGAGCUAUUUCUUUUUAUAAAAAAUCAAUAGAAAUUAAUCUUUCUUAUCGAUCAGUUGAUGAUGGUCUUCUUUCUGCGAGCUACAAUAAUAUUGGUGCUCUUCUACAAAAGCGUGCUGAUUAUGAUGAAGCCUUGAAAUACUACCGUCGUGCUUUAAAUAUUGAUUUACGUGAUCCUGACAUUAAUCAACUUAAAAUUGCUGAUCGUUAUAACGAUAUCGGUAGUGUAUUAAGAGACCAUGGUAAUUAUAAGGAAGCAAAGGAUCAUUUUCAUCGUGCAUUAAAUAUUCAAACUAAGUAUAUUUCAUUCAAUGAUCCAAUGUUAGUUAAAACUUAUAAUAAUUUUGGUUCGCUAUACCAUUUGAUGGAUCAAUAUUCUUUAGCAUUCGAAUACUAUGAGAAAACUCUUGAGAUUCUUGAAGCGUAUCUUCCUCUACAACAUUCGGCUUUAAUAUGCACAUACAGCAAACUUGGAUUACUAUAUUAUGCAAUGAAAAAUUAUACAGCUGCUUUUUCUUGUGAGAAGAAAGCUUUUGAAAUACAAGAAAAAAUAGUUUCUUCUGAUCAUCCAUCAUUGGCUAUAAGACACUUUAAUAUGGCUGUAGUAUUAGAGAGUUUAAAAUUAAAUGAAACAGCAAUCGAUCAUAUUACACGAGCGGUUGAAAUCUUAGGACAGACACCUGGACCACAUCAACGUAAAAUACGAAAAUAUCAACGGUAUCUUCAACAACUUCAUGAAAAGUAA